AUGGCAGCGGCCGGGGCGGCGGUGAGGUGGAGGCAGCCGGGGCGGAAGCGGGCGGGGCUAGGGCUGGGGUGGGGCGACAGCCGCGGCGGAGGUGGGGCGGAGGCAGAGGCUGGGGCGGGGCGGCAGCCACGGCAGAGGUGGGGUGGGGGCUGGGGCGGCGGUGGGGCAGAGGCGACCGGGCGAAAGCGGGCGGGGCGGCGAUCGCGGCGGAGUGGGGCGGUGGCCGGGGUGGAGGCGUCCGGGGCGGAGGCGGGCGGCCGCGGCAGAGGUGGGGCGGGGGCCAGGGCGGAGGCGGCCGUGGUGGGGUGGCGAUGGGGCGGAGGCGGCCAGGGAGGAAGCGGACGGGACGGCGGCCGUGGCGGAGGUGGGGUGAAGGUGGGGGCGGCGGCCGCGGCCGCGAUGGGGGCCGUGGCGGCAGCUGGGGUGGAGGUGCGGAUGGGAGGUGAUGGGGAGACGGGUGGGAUGAAAGCUGCUUUUGGGCAAAAGCACCUAGAGCUUUUGAGCCCUUUGGUUGGCUUUUAG